AUGACUGUUAUGCAACUGGCCCCUGCUCAGCGAUGCUUUCCUGCAUCGAUUAGUCGCGCCUGCGCAUUCAGAGAACGCGUCUCGCAAGCGGAAGUGGCCACCAGGAGAGGAACACGCGUGGGCUCCCCUGUGAAAGAUACCAGCGAUGAAAACUCUGGAGCCACGCUGCCUACUCCUUCGACCAGAAGAACACGGCGCAGAACGCUAAUGGAAGAAAACCAACCCCAGUCCGAAUUUGUUGGCAACUCCCAGCCAGAUGAGCCGAAGGACAACAAUACUGCCUCUUCCUCAGCAGCAAGUCUGCCAAAGCGUGACAUUAGAAGAUCCACACGUCUCCUUGCUGACAAAAAGCAGCCUAACUCUACCCAUGAAGCUGAUGUGUCUGAGUCAGAGUCCUGCUGCUCUGUAGUUUCUGAUGUGCAGGUGACACCUAGAACCAGACGGAGGACUGCAGUCAGGGGGAAGCCCACUGUACAGGGCGAGGCAUCCGAAGUUGAAUCCUGCUCAUCUGAGGUGUCCACAACCCAUUCUCGCAGAGCUCCGUACAGCCUGAGGAAACGUGUUCUGACUUCAGCAGCUGCAAAAGAUGCCACAAAGGAUGAUGAUGAUGAUCCCUCAGGGGCUGAGUCGUGCAGUUCUUCUGUAUCCGUCACUAAAGCUAUGGACACCCGUCCGAUAACAAGGAGCCAUCGGAAGACCGCUGUUCCUUCCACAGAAGCAGAUUCAUCUGAACCAGAGUCAUGCUCCUCCAGUGUUUCUGGCCUACGUGGAUCUGUGGUCCGCAGAUCUGCACGAAACCAGAAGGUAAAACCGACUGAGCCGAUCCCUUUGAGCUUUGAGGAAACCACAGACACCCCUUCUUCUCCAAUGUCCAGGAAGAGUGCAAGUAGGCGCAAAACAGUAGUUGACGACAAAACUGACUCUGAUGGAUACAAGUCUGGUCCCAGCAUGAGUCCGUGGAGAUCCACCAGGCAUCAUCCCAAGCCUGACACUCUGGUUGGUGAAUCCGAUUCAGAAUCGGUAGCUACUGAUGUCUGCACUUCUCAAGGGAGCCCCAGCCCUCAAAGAGGAAGGGGGACUCCUUGUAGUAGCCGAACCGGGUCUGCUAGUAGUAGCCGUGCGGUUCCUGUAACCAGGACAAGAAGUAAAGCAAAAGUGGCUUCUCAUGUAAGUGACACCAUUACAACUGCUGCUGCCAUGCCUGAGGAACCGGGUGAGGGGCUUGAACCUCCUCAUGAAAGUAUUCCAGUACCUGAUGGAGAUGAAGCUGAAGACACAGUAGAUCAACUGGACAGCACCGUGACCUUGGACACCAGUGAAGCUCAGGAGUGCACCAUGAUUGAGGAGAGAGCUGAAGAUACCACUGUAGUUCUUGAUCAGGAUGAGGCCAUUGAGAUGCAGGAACCCCAGAGCAGCAUGCAAGACGUUGAGCCGGUGGAGGACAGUGGAACUGAAACUCUGACACUUCAAGAAAAACCUGCGGCUGAAACUUCUGCUACGCUAACUGAAGAGUCUGGAGAUGUUGCCAUGGAAAAUGAUGAGCCAGAGUUUGUGGAGACAAGCCAUGUUGUUGAAGAUCAUACAUGUUCUGAGCCUGUGAAGGAGGAUACGGUAGAAGCUGCGGCAGAAGAUCCUGUACCAGCUGUGGUUGAGGACAAGGUUGAUCGCGAAAAGAAAGGUGUGAUCGUUUAUGAGGAAGCUAAUGACACCGUUAAGACAACCGAAAACGACUCCGUAACGUUGAAUGACCUUGAAGGCCCUUCUACAAGCUCACACACUCAAACAAAUUUGACCAUCACAGAGGAAACAUCUAAGAAACCUCCUCCCCAGAAACAAAUGAUCAGUUUACUCGACAGCAGUGAGGAUGAAGACAGUGCUGAUGAAGGUCUGUCUUCAGAGGAGGAAGGCUGUUCACAUAAAGCUGAAGAUGUGCAGAGUGAAGACGAUGUGAUGUGCCCUGAUGGAAAUCAGGUGUCAGAAGAAGCAGAGGCACACGGUAACGGACUGUUUGUUAUAGACACUAAACCUGGACUACGGUCUAAGAAACAGUAUUAUGUUGAUGCCAAGCAAACCGAGGAAGAGGAUGAGGAGGAUUUUGUUGAUGAGGAUGGAGAUGACGAUGAUGAUGAAGAUUCAAAAGUGCUGUUUGCUCCCAAAAAGCCUCUGAUACAGCUAUCUAGUGCCAUUGACACAGGUCUGAAAAUGAAGGAACUUGGUGGUUUGUACAUCAGUUUUGAUGGCAACAAGCCAAAGAGUCUUUCCAACAGUUCGAAAAGCCAGAAGGACCUGAACAAUCAGGAUGAGUUGCUGAAGAAGAGUGUUAUCGUUCCGGAAUUUGAGAAGAAAGAUGCUGUGCCUCCAUACAGUGAAUCUAAACAUGCUGCUAAACUCAAGCGCAAGGUGGAAAGAGAAAAGACAACUGGUGAUGGCUGGUUCAACAUGAGAGCUCCUGAAUUAACAGAAGAGCUCAAAAAUGACCUGAAGGCACUUAAGAUGCGCUCAGCCAUGGACCCAAAGCGCUUCUACAAGAAGAAUGACAGAGAAGGAUUUCCCAAGUACUUUCAGGUUGGUACAGUGGUUGACAACCCAGUAGACUUUUAUAGUUCAAGAAUCCCUAAGAAACAAAGGAAAAGGACCAUUGUUGAAGAGCUGCUUGCUGAUGCAGAGUUUAGAAGCUAUAACAAAAGGAAAUAUCAAGAGAUCAUGGCAGAAAAAGCAGCACAGGCCGCGGGCAAGAUGAACAAAAAGAAGCACAUGUUCCACAAAAAGAAAAUGAAUAAAUAGUUUCAUAAGGCAAAUCAGUUUUUGAUUUUGAAAUAUGAGGCAACUAUAUUUUUUUAAAUUUCAGUGGAUCAAUAAAUGCUUUUUUAGUGUUAUAAUCAUUUGCAUUGCAUGUAAAAAAACAAACAAACAAACAGAAACAUGCAACUUUUUAAACAAGUUUUUUCUUAAAUGGAUCGAGAUUGGAAGACUGACUGAAGAGACUGAUCAUUCCUCUCUGGCUGUGGAUUCACAAUAAAUUAAGUCCAAAAUGU